ACUCUACUGGUCGACACGAAGAACGUCACAGAAGCUCCAGAAUAAUCACGAAAUAUACUCUCUCUCGGUCUCGCUUUUCCCUCUCUUGUUCCACGGCCGCUCAAUCUCCGAUCACCACCAUCACCUCCGGCGAUUCGCCGUCGCGGUUCCUCCUCCUCGUCGGCUGCGGCUCAGUUCACUUCUUCGGUUGCGGUUGCGGUUGCGGUGCCGUUCGGUCGUGUCUCCGAUCGUGCUCUGCUCGGACCGCGAAGCUGGUCCUCUGAUUCGUCGUCGCUCGUCUCUGUGAUCGAUCGUCGAAGGCUGCUAAAUACAGGGCAUUAUGAGCGGAGAAGCAACACAGAAAUCUGGCGUUCCUCAAAUCAUCAAAUCUAAUGUGGCUUUGAAACUAGCUGAACAAUGGGUCAAUAAUAUGACUAAAGUUGCUGAGGACGAGCAAACAGAGGCAGAAUCCGAUGGUCGACCGUCUAGACUCGGUCUUGGUGCAAAGUUUUCAUGUCAAAUGAGACCUGGACCUUUAAAUGACCCCGUGGAAAGGAAAUUGUUUGCCAACUUGCAGUCUGGAAAAAGAAAAGCUGCGAAAGAUGCUGAGGAGUCCGGCCCAACUGCGAGAGAUCCAGGUGGCGAUAGUGAUAUCGAUGACGAGUUAGAAAGCAGAGCGAGUGCUUUUGCAAAGAAGAGAGCAAUUGCUCCACCCGUCCCUGUAACAAUGAAGAAGAAACGGAGAUAACCACUAGAAAGGAUUAUUUUUUUGGUCGUCGAAAGGUAAACCUAGACCGUUGAACAGGGUUGGUUCUUCCAGAAGAUUAUUCCCCGUGUUUGCUGAGAUCGAAAUACAAUAGGAAUUCUUCAUUUUCCUACUCCAUAAGAGAGGUCCACUUAUUCAAUGAGUUUUCAAUGUACUAGCCAAGUGAUGCUUGAUACGAUGGCUGAUCUCUUAUGUUGCUAGUUUUGAUUUUCUUAUUGUG